AUGGGAGAUUUUGACGUCGAAUUAUUGUAUUUGGAAUUAUUAGAGAACGAGGUCCAAAUUAAUGGCAACAUAAGGAAAAAUAUUUUUGAAGAACUGGACGAUGGAAAAUUUCUAGAAAGAUAUCGCCUGUCCAAAAAAGUAGUAAUAAAAGUUUUAGAAGAAAUUGAGCCUGCAUUAGAAUAUGCAACAGAUAGAAACUUUCCAUUGACUCCUAUCCAACAAUUGUUGAUAGCUCUGAGGUUUUAUGCUACCGGAUCGUUCCAAACAGUUAUGGGUGAUGUACAUGGAAUUUCAAAGGCAACUGUGUGCCGUUGUGUCAAAAAAGUUUCAGAAGCAAUAGCUUCCUUACGAGAAUCUUAUAUAGAGUUUCCACAAAAUGAAGAAUUGGGAACUGUCGCAAAAAAAUUUUUUGAAUUAGGACGAUUUCCUGGAGUUAUUGGAGCUUUGGAUUGUACCCACAUACCAAUACUAUCACCUGGAGGUAAUAUGGGUGAAAUAUUUAGAAACAGAAAAGGUUACUUUUCAAUAAAUGUACAAGCAGUAUGUGAUGCCAAUUUGUUAAUCCGAAACAUAGUAGUGCGAUGGCCAGGAUCAGUACAUGACAGUACAAUUUUUAACAAUAGUCAUUUGAGUCUCCUAUUUGAAAAUGAGGGAAUACCAAGAGGAUUCAUUUUGCUUGGUGACAAUGGCUACCCUCUGCGGCCAUUUCUUAUGACUCCACUGUUAAACCCUGAAACACAGGCUGACCAAAGAUAUAACAAUUCCCACAAAGCAACAAGGAAUUGCAUAGAAAGGACUUUUGGAAUUUUAAAAAGAAGGUUUCCUGCUUUAUCAUUAGGACUAAGAACAAAAAUUAAUACAUCGUUAACCAUUAUAGUUGCUAUAGUAGUGUUACACAAUAUUGCUCGACUAACAAAAGAUGAAGACCCUCCAGAAGAUGCCGAUUUACAUAAUAGUUUGCAGGAACGAAGACUAAGUGAACCAAAUUACUUACUUUAUCAAAAUGUUCCAGUUGCACCAAUAUUAGAUGCAAAUAGUCCUGGUACAGCAAUAAGAAAUGCAUUAAUAAAUAAUCAUUUUACUUAA